GUGUUACGGUUUGUGAUUGCGACAUGGUAAGUGUAAUGUUAUUACGCGGAGGACAAUCUUGUCAUUUCGCCACUCACUUCCUAACAGACACACAGCUCCCACUGUGAAGAGAGAAAGAAAAACAGAAACAAACUCCCAUCGCAUCAUCAUUCACAUCUUUCCGUUGUUGUUGUUGUUCCUGUUCUUCGGUUUGGUCUCAACUCAACCGAAUCACCUAACACCACUCCUGGAUGCAUUAGAUAACAAUGGAGGAUUCCGAGAAAUUGACGGCGUUGAAGAAGGCUUACGCCGAUAUCAUCCUCAACACGGCGAAGGAGGCGGCAGCGCGUAUCAUGGUGUCGGAGCGUAAAGCCUCGCGCUUUCAGCAGGAACUUGUUUCUACUAAGGAAGAAGCACUUCGAAUGCUGCUCAGGCUCAAACAAAUGUUCGAUUCUAAGGUCAGUAAAGCAGAGCUGAUGUCAUUGAAUCAGCAGAAGAAAAUUGAGGAGCUUGAAGCUCAGCUCCAGGAAGCGGAGGAAAUAGUUAGAGACUUAAGAGCAGAGUUGAGAGAAACCCAGGCUGAGCUGGAGACUAUGAUGAAACACCAAAUGCACCCCCCCGUGGAGCAAGACAAAGAAGAUGAAAUUAUAGCUCAGGGAAAUUUUCUGCAAGAGAACAGACUUGAUCAUCAUGAUGGAUAUGUUUAUUCUGCAUCCGGUUUACAGCUUGAAUCACUCUCUGUUUCUGAAACCGGAAAUCCAACUAUAAAUGGAUCCAUAGGUAGCAGUAAGUUCUGUGGGUCACAUGAUCAUACAAACAACUGCUACAUUCAUAACCCAGACUUUGCAUCCAUAGUCAUUAGGAGGAAAGAGCCCAAGCUUUACAGAAAUGGAUGCACUCAGAGAAUACAUGCAUUUGAAAGGAGCCUUUUUGAUGCUAAUGUGUCUGUUUCAGGAAACCUAGAUAAUGUAGAGGAUGAAACUUUAGUGAGUCUGCAUGAAGAAGGUAAAGCAAUGACCGUAUCAACUAAUACCAACGAUGAUAUUAUUUGUGAAAAGGAGAAACCAGAUGAACUUAAAGUGGUGAAAGCAGAUGCUGACCUUGUCAAAGCUCCAGUUCAUAGAAAAAAGAGAAGAUUUGGGAAAAGGAAGGCUACUAAAUCUGGAUUACAUUCUAACCAGGUUAAGGAAACAAAUAAAGAAUCAGGCCUGUCUUGUGCAAAACAUUCUCCACUUGUAUUGGAUAACGAUGACCCCUCAAGGGUGAGUUCUUCAACAUAUGAAAAUGAAACUCGGAAGGAUAUAACGUCUCCUGUUGCUGAUGUGCCCACAGACACAACUGCAAUGAAUGAGCAAUCAAGAUCUCAUAGCAAGACUGAAAAUUGGGAAGAAUUACUUGAAGUCUGUAGCACUCGGAGCAAAACUAAAGCUGACAAGGAACCAAUGGAUAAAUCAGAUUUAACAAGACAAGAUAGUUUGUCUGCUGAAAGUGUAGAGGUUCCAGCUUAUAAAAGUAUUGAAGCAUCUAAUGAGUCAAGGGAUAAAAUGGACCCAAAAGUAUCUGAUGUAGAUGGAAAGGUUUCUAAUCGACCUACAAGUGAUAGGUUUCUUAAGUACACAUUCUGUAGAAAGCGUAAGAAGGAGGCUGUUAGCUGUGAUGAAGAUUGCUCUCGAGAUAAUACCGAUUCAAAGGAAAAGUGUGCAGAGAAGCAAGAUGGUCAUGUGGAUCCUCAGAAAUCUUGCACAAUGACUGAAUCAUCUCGGGACAGCCGACGACUGGCACAGGUUGCUCGCCAGCCAUGGCAUCAUCUUGGAGAUGAUGAUUCCAAUUAAGCUUAUAUCCUUGUCUGAGAAGAAAUGGUGGCAGUAGAUUCAUCUAUUUAUGAUGAGUUAGUUGGAUGGGUGGGAAAGGACUCAAAGCACAGUCCAAAUGCGCAAUUGUUUCCGAAGGUGGCGUUUUGAAGCUCUGGAAUGUGUUAAUAUUAUAUAUUAUAACUAUAUAUCAACUAUUACUCUUUCAUCCUUAGCUUAGAAAUCUCUAGCAUAUUAUAUAUAAAACAUAAAAUUAUAAUUGCUACCCUUUUUGUAGGGGUUCUGUUUGCAAUACAAAUUUUGGUGAUGCUUGCUUUUUGACGUUAGUUUCUUACAAAA